AUGCUACAAAACAAACUAUCAACAUUUAGUUGUGGGUCUCCAAGCGGAGCAUGGCAGGCCCAACCGCAGCCUUCAGGAGCCGACCAUCACCACCAGCAAUCUCCAACAGCUGCACCACAACCCCACCAUUUCUCCAUUUCCUUUGCAGUCAUGAAUAACUACCAAGCAGCAGCUGCAGCUCAAGCACAGGCGCAAGGUUUCGGCCCACCAGCCUCUCCACACACGACCGGUGCAAGAGCCGGAUUUCCAGCGGCCAACUCUCCAGGACCUACCAUCGAUAUGUACAACAGCAGCGCUGACAGCGUGGGUUAUGUCCAAGCCGCCAGUCCACAGCCCAGCAGCUUUCCAGCAAUUGCGGUCAGCAGGGCACCGCUUAAUUACAGCCCGGUGAGUUUCAAAAAAUGUGUUAACAAAUAUGAUUUUUAA